CGCCAACAGUACUCAGCCGGCGGACAUUGCCGUCGUCUCACCGCAGCGCGACGAGCGUCCCAGCUAGCUGACACAACCGGACGACGCCAAGAUGGGGCCGGUGCUGCUGCUUCUGGCGGCGCUGGCAGUGGGCGAAGGGGCGGCCAAAGCCGUGCAGCGGGUCGCCUCCGUCGAGUGCUCCAACGAUUAUAACGACGGCGACUCCAUCUACAACUACACCGCCGAGGACAUCUGGGGCGAGCGCAACAUCAGCCUCUCCAAGUUCCGCGGCAAGGUGGUGCUAGUCGUCAACGUGGCGACUUACUGAGGUUUCACUCCCCAUUACUAUGGACUGAAUGCACUACAAUCCAGUAUGGGGGAUGACCUCGCGGUCCUCGGUUUUCCUUGUAAUCAGUUUGGUCUGCAAGAGCCGGGCGCCAAUGCCACGGAGAUCCUGAACGGCAUCGCCUACGUGCGGCCGGGAAGCGGUUUCCAGCCCAACUUCCAGAUGUUCGCCAAGACGGACGUCAACGGAGAGAACGAGCACCCGCUCUUCACAUUCCUCAAGAGUCGGUGCCCGUCCACCCGCACUGGGUUCUCCGACAAGCACAGCCUCGAUUACAACCGAUUCCUGUUGUCGGACGUCCGCUGGAACUUCGAGAAGUUCCUGGUGUCCAAGGACGGCCAGCCAGUGAAGCGGUACGACCCCAGCACGGAGCCGCUCUCCUUCCAGCAGGACAUCGUCAGCCUCAUCCAGUCCGCGCCCAGCGUGUUCUCCAACAACCCACACUAACUGCUCCGCACAGUACAUUCCCUCUCUCACCUUCUGGACACGUUCUUCAAGCCAAAGUAUGAAGCCCCUAAACAUGCAUCACAUACCUGUUGACCGCGAAAUAUUUGAUACUUAGUUUAUUUUCUGUUGAGAAUUGUCAUGUAUUCUGAACUGUGAAGUUCCCUUUCCUUCUUCUUCCAUUGCCCUAAGUCCGGAAACUUGCUUUACGUUCGAAGAAGGAACAAAUUCAUCUCACACCAAAAUUGUCUGAAAUAGCUAACAAUUAAAUAAAUAUACCCCGAUUGACGAUAGCAGACUGUUCAAAAUUUAACUACUGUUCCGUGUCCUCAGUAUUUUGUACUCAUGUGAUUUGUUCAGUAUUUUUUUAAACACUCAUUCAAGUGCAAGGAAACAAGCGGUAAUGUUAAUUACUACUUCUGUUACCAUUUUAUUGUGAUAUUUACACUCUUGUUCCUCUGUUUGAACAUUGAUAAGCUGUACACAUAAUCAUUCUGUAAACACUUUUGUAAUAAUGGUUGAAACUUUAUAUCUUUUGCAUAGGAUAGUUUUCUAUAUAUAUUUUUUGUUUAUCCUGUAUAGAAAUAAUGUGAAAUAGCAAACUAGCUAUAAUUAUGUUGUCGGAGACGCUGGGCGCUCACUGCACCCUCGUACUGCAGGCAAUGUGUUCUGUUUAACGGUUGUACAUAACCAGUCCUUCUAGAUGAAGGGUCAGCUGCAAACCACAAGUCGUGGAGGGCUGACCCAGAUGUAUGAUUUCGUGGCCCGGGCUACUUGUGCAUUCAACCUGCGUCGCGUUAUCUACGAAGGAAUGGAGUGUGCAGCGUGUUAAGCGACACAUUGUGGCUUCUUCACUGGAACGGCAGACAGGUUGCAGUGAGCUACUCGGUGAAUCCACCUAUCGUAAAGUAGCUUAUGGACAUAAUGUUUACUGGAAAUGUUGCUCUUGCAGACUAAAUAAAUUCUUACCUUUUACA